GCUUAUAAUUUUACAUUUUUAAGUGGAUACUCCACCCUUAUUUAUUAGGCUUCACAUUCACUGCCACUUACCUCUCCUGCUCUCUCAUCUGUAUUUUCCGUGUGUCUCAAUAUGCCAGAGAAACUUUUGACCGGCUCCGAUGGUGUUGUCCCUGAGCCCCCUCCGCCAUCGGAGUGGCGCCGAGCUCGAUACCUUGAAGAUGGCGACCAAUUUUGGGACAAAGUCACCACUUUUCCCGAAUCCUCUAACCCACCCACCAACACCAAACCCUUACUGUUGGAACCUGAAACAGAGGAAAGCCACACAGCUGAUCAUUUACCAUCUUCUUCCAUUCCGCGUCUUUUGAUCGAACGCGGAGAUUUCCCAUACUCCAUUGUCGAAUACACAAGCACUACUCAUACCAGUCCUCCAGGAGGACCCGAUUGGGUACUUUGGUCACGGUAUAUACUUGACAAUGAGCGUUAUCGUGAAAUUCUCAUUAGGGCUAAUAUCUAUCAUUCGGUUCGCCUUUUUACAAAUUUGACAGUUCAGCUUGAUCAAACAAACCUAGAUGUGCUCCUUUCAAGGUGGAGUUGCCACACUCACACCUUUGUGGCUUCUUGGGGUGAGUUCGCGCCUUCUUUGGAAGAUGUCUGUGUAUUAUUCCAUCUUCCAAUCUUCGGCUCAGCUGAUUCUGAUCUUUCCGUUGUAUCGGAAGAGGACCGGGAAAUAGUUGAUGCAUUGCGUAGCUCGGCCACAGAGGCGGCAAAAUGGGGCUCACGCUUUCAAGGCUCUGUUCUUCUCAAUUCGCCUCCUCCAUGUUCGACAAAAUACCCGACUCAUGCCCAGUGGUAUAGAUAUUUUUUCCGAGAUUAUGAUCAACAUUCUCUUAGAAGCGUCAGAGGACCUGGGUAUGGAAAACGUUAUGAGCUAGCGGCCUACUUAUCAUACUGGUUAGACAGGUUUAUUUUUGAAGGCAAACCCGAAGAUGGCAUUAACGAGAGAGUGUUCCCUUUGGCUGCGGUUCUCUCUCGUGGCCAUGCAUUGCCUCUUGCUCCCAUGUUUCUUGGUACUUUAUACUACAGGCUGAGUAUGCUGAAGCAAGAUUGGGUUCGGUCUCUCGGUCGGUAUGAAGUGACUACUUAUGUUUCAUGCUCUUUCUUGACUUUGUUUUUGUUUGAGCGCUUCCCACAUUAUGCCCCUGGUCCCAGAACCUUAUGUGAAAAAGCUGAUGGCAAGCUUCAAUGCUAUAGUCAUGCAAUGAGAUGGACCAACCUCACGACUCCUUGUAGAUUGGGUGACUAUAUUGAUGAAUUUGAAAACUUCUGUGCCCGUCCAUACGUUGUUAAGCACGACGGCAUUUUUUAUCCAACAUUUUGUGGGGGUCCCGAGGACGCUGUGGUUGUGUUGAAGGAUGACAACAAUACCAACACUUUAAUUUUCAUUGCAGUUGUGUCCAAAUGUGCCCUUCCCUACAUAACUGAGACCGGAAAAGGGACAAUCACAUACAACCCUUGUAGGAUUGCUCGCCAGUUUGGAUAUGACCAAGGUGUACCAAGGCCUACCAAUUGUCCAGAAUCAUAUACUUCCAGCUGCGCUAGAUUUUGUAGUUUUCGCCAACGCGCCCUUUCUCAAUAUGCUGCUAGCUUCACUAUGCCCUCACGUAAACGCCAAGGUAGGUGCACUCAACGCUUUCGCGAGUAUUGGGCUAACAUUUUAACGAAGUUCCUGGCCUUCCGAUCGAGCUCUCCUCAGCCACUGGACCAAGUCCCUAUAUUCGAAGAUGACAUUUCCUUGAAAGCUCCCAAAAACCACCUAGAUGUAUCCCGUGAGGGCUUAAACCAUUUUGCAGUAGCCACCGCCACCACUAUUGCUGCAUCAGCUCAAAAAACAUUUCAGCCACGUAGGUCUGCGCGCCUUCAAAACAAUACCACAAGUUGCGGCAAAAGGCAACCUCCAUUGAUCAACCUAAGGCCACCCAUGUUGAAGCGCAUGAAAAUGCUCUCCAAUACCAAUUCAGAGUUUGGCUCUUCGCUUGAUCAUGGUUCUGAUGAAGCACCUGUUUCUCCUAGCUGUCUUGAAGUCGACGACACUGCUAAUAUCACUGAGAAGUCACCUUCAGAGAGCGAGCAACAGGGGAGGGCAUCUGAAUUGCAGCGCUUGGGGCUCCUUGAUAAGAUACCAAGAAAUCAGCUUGUGGUAUGCCAUGAAAGCAUACCUGUUGCUUGGCUCCUUUAUCCAUGUGGUUCUAGAGAAUUACUCAAACUCUGUGCUGAUGAAGAAAAGAGGGAUCUAUCUGCUGGCAAAGGUGGGUGUGCGGAUGAUGAUGUUGUGGAGGAGGUUGCAUCUCCUAACCCCAUUGAGAUCAGAGAUAGUGUUGGUGAUAGGCACUUAAACUCCGAGGAAAUCCACUUGAACCUGCCGGAAGCUGAAAAUGUAAAUGUAGCCCCGGCUUCAGCUUCAUCAGCAGGUGCUUCAGUACCCAACACAAGUCUUGCACAGCCCCUUCCUCCACCUCGAGAGGAGAACAUUGGCCCUGAUGAAUUAGUGCAGUGGCACGGAUAUAAAUGUAGCUUCCGAAGCAUUCCAUACCUUGAUUGUAUAUUUCACAAACACCCCAAGACUUUCGAUGCUUUUAGAGUGAAAAGUGGACAGUUUCAGGCGAUGUUGUUGGAUGCCCUCGCCGGUCUCAUCAAAUCUUUGGCAGGAAAAAGGAUUAGCCAAAUUACUACCGACGAUAUCAAUGAUGCUAGAGAUCUAAUGACGGACUGGAAAUCCUUGGCGGGGUUGGAUCUAUCAUGGCUCGAGCAGAGGUACACAGAUGCUAAUGCUAGACUUGCGGUCCGUGGACUUAACCAAGAAGCUGCACAGAUGUUGUCAGACUUGCAAGAGACUGAUAAGAAUAUUACGAAUCUCCGUCGCGACCUGGCGGUAGAGGUGACAAAAGCUGCUUCUCUUAGAAUCAGGUGCGAGGAGUUGGCCAAGAACAUCUCUUCUGAGGAAGCUCUUUUUGACCAUACUCUCAGUUAUGAAGAUGAAAUUUUGAAGGACUUAUUGACUGAUCCUUCACACCCAACAACCAUGCCGGAGAAACUCUUGACCGCCUCCGAUGGUCUGGUUCCUGAGCCCCCUCCGCCAUCCGAGUGGCGCCGAGCUCCAUACCUUCAUAAUGGUGACCAAUUUUGGGACAAAGUCACCACUUAUCCCGACUCCUAUAACUCUAACCAACCUAUCAACACCAACACCAAACCCUUACUGUUGGAAUCUGAAAUAGAGGCGAGCGAGACCACAGCUGAUGAUUUGCCAGCUUCUUCCAUUCGCCGUCUUUUGAUUGAACGAGGAGAUUUUCCAUACUCCUUUGUCCAAUACACAAGCACCACUCAUACCAGUGCUCCAGGAGGAUCUGAUUGGGGAUGCUGGUCACAAUAUAUUCGCGGCAAUGAGCAUUAUCGUGACAUUCUCACCAGGGCUAAUAUCCUUCAAUCGGUUCGCCUCUGUUCAUUUUUGACGGUUAAGUUCGAUCAAGCGAGCCUAGCUGUGCUCCUUUCGAGGUGGAGUUGCCAGACUCACACCUUUGUGGCUUCUUGGGGUGAGUUCGCGCCUUCUUUGGAAGAUGUCUGUGAAUUAUUCUAUCUUCCGAUGUUCGGUUCAGCUGAUUCUGAUCUUUCCGUGGUAUCGGAAGAGGACCGGGAAAUAGUUGAUGCCCUGCGUAGCGCCGCCACAGAGGCGGCACAAUGGGGCUCAUGGUUUCAAGGCUCUGUUCUUCUCGAUUCGCCUACUCGGUGUUCGUCAAAAAACCCAACUUAUGCCCAGUGGUAUAGACACUUUUUCCGAGAUUAUGAGAUUAGUUCUGCUCAACAUCACCGUAGAAGUGUCACAGGGCCUGAGUAUGGAAAACGUUAUGAGCUAGCAGGCUUCUUAUGUUACUGGUUAGACAGGUUUAUUUUUGAAGGCAAACCUGAAGUUGGCAUUAACCAGAGAGUGUACCCUUUGGCCGUGGCUCUCUCUCGUGGCCAUGCAUUGCCUCUUGCCCCCAUGUUUUUGGGUACUUUAUACUACAGGCUGGAUAUGAUCAAGGAAGAUUGGGCUCGAUCUCUCGGUCGGUAUGAAGUGACUACUUAUGUUUCAUGCUCAUUCUUGACUCUGUUUUUGUACGAGCGCUUCCCACACUACGCCCCUCCUCCCAUAAAGGACAAGCUUCAAUGCUUUGGUCGUGCAAUGAGGCGGACCUACUUCACCACUCGCCAUAAAUUGGGUCACUAUAUUGAUGGAUUUGAAAACUUCUGUGCCCGUCCAUAUGCUGUUAAGCUCAACGGCGUUAUUCUUCCAAGGAUUUGUGUGAUUCCUGAAGAUGAUGUGGCAGUGUUGAAGGAUGACUUCAACAUCAACACUUCAAUGUUCAUUGCAAUUGUGUCCAAAUGUUCUCUUCCCUAUAUAACUGAGACUGGAGAGGGAGCAAUCGCGUACAACCCUUGUAGGAUUGCUCGCCAAUUUGGAUAUGACCAAGGUAUACCAGGGUCUACCAAUUGCUCGGGAUCAUAUACUUCUAGCUGUGCUAGAUUUAGCAGUUGUCGCGAACUCGCCUUUCGUCAAUAUCCUCCUAGCUUCACUAUUCCCUCAGACAAACGCGAAGGUAGGUACACUCGAUGCUUUCGAAAGUAUUGGGCUAACAUUUUGAAGCUGUUCUUUGCCUUCCCUUCCGGCUCUCCUCAACCAUUAGAACAAGUCCCUAUAUUCGAAGAUGAUAUUUCCUUGAAAGCUCCCCAAAGGCGCCCAAAUGUAACUAGUGGUAGCUUAAGCCGUUUUGCAGUAGCCACGACCACCAUCGCUGCUGUAGCAGCGCAUAAAACAUUCCUUCCACGUAGGGCGGCACACAAAGCCGCACCUUCAAAGCCUCAGAAGCGUGGCAAAAGUCACUAUAAAAGGCAGCCUCCAUGGAUCAACCCAAGGCCACCCAAGUGGAAGCGCAUGAGAAUGCUUUCCAAAACCUAUUCGGACUUUGGCUCUAAAGUUGAUUUCCGUGUGGAUGGUGAACAGAGAGAUCUAUCUGCUGCCAAAGGUGGGUGUGCUGCUGAUGUUGUUGAGGAGGAGGUUGCAUCUCCUAAGUCCAUCGAGAUCCAAGCUAGUGCUGGUGAUAAGCACUUAAACUCGGAGGACAUCAACUCUAACUUGCCGGAAGCUAAAAAUGUAAAUGUCGCCCCUGCUUCAGCUUCAUCAGCAGGUGCUUCACUGCCAAAGACCAGUCUCGUGCCACCCCUUCCUCCACCUCGAGAGGAGAAAAUUGGCCACAACGAAUUAGGGCAGUGGCAUGGUUAUAAAUGUAAAUUCGGUAGCAUUCCAUACCUUGAUUGCAUAUUUCACAGACACCCGGAGACUUUUGAAAGUUUUAGAGUGAAAAGUGCAUAUUUUCAGAGGCUGUACUUGGAUGCCCUUGCAAAUCUCAUCAAAUCCGUGGAAGAAAAAAGAAUUAGCCAAAUUACUAUGUGUAAUAUCAAUCUAGCUAGAGAUCUAAUGACCGAUUGCAAAUUGGUGGGGUUGGAUCUAUCGUGGCUGGAGCCGAGGUUCUCUGAUGCUACAGCUAGACUAACCGUCCGCGGUCUUAACCAAGAAGCUGCACGGAUUUCGGAGGAAUUGCAACAGAACAAUAUGUAUGCUACGCAACUCCGUCCCUAUUUGGCAGCAAAGGAAGCAAAAACUGCUUGUCUUUCAGCCAGGUGCGAGGAAUUGGCUGAGAACAUCUCUUUUCAGAAAACUCUUAUUGAUUCUAAUCUUAGCUCUGAAGAUAAAGUUUUGAAAGACUUCUUUUGGGACACUCUUGGCCUUUCCCUUGACUUGCAGCCCCUCUUUUUUGAUGAGCCGUUGAGAGCUAAAUGGGCAAUGAAUGCUGGCAGAAUGAAUAUGUGUUUCGACGGCAUAGAAUCUGAUAAAUUUAGUACCCGACUAUACGGAAGAUUGGAAGUUCAAGAGGAAUAUGUGAAUGGGGUAACAAAGCACAAUCCUUUAGCAACACCUAGUUCAGAAAAUAUGAGGGCUAGAACACCACUUGAUCCCUCAUUCUCACAAAGUAAAACAACUGGACCAAAAUGGUACAUCCUAUCUGCAGUAGCAUUCAAUUGGUAG